CAGGCAUGAGUCGACUCACACAGCGAAGCCAAGCCGGGGAAACGCCAAGCAGCCACGGGAACAGGCAGACAGAAACAUCUGCUUGAAUAUUCUAAUUGCUUCCAGUCAUUGGUUUUCACUGUUAACUGUCAAAUAACCUGAAAGCACAUUUAAAGUGUCAAUGUCACUUGAAAAAAGAAGAGCGGUUUGUGUUGAGCUAUACAAUGUUGUGGAUUACAAAACAACAAAUGUUUACAAAAUGAAAAACACAAUGUGAUAUUUGUAUUCGUAAAUUUAAAUGUUCCUGUAUACAGUUUUUCCUGUUUUUUUUCCUGUUAUUAAUUUACAGUAUCUAAUGUAGUGAUGCAUGUUAGAGUAGUCUAAUGUUGGAUGUGAAAAAACACAGUCCCCUGCCUCUGUGAUUAUUACUAUAAUGAGAAUGACAGUACUGUGAUUACUACAGUCAGAAUAACUACAGUAUUGUAUCGGUCUGUGUAUCAUUUCACAUUAAGCAUGUUGUGGAAUGUACUAUAACAAUGUAAUAGCUACUUGCUGCCAGACAGUUACUGUACAUAUCACAGUGUUCCUUUUUUUUUUACACUGCCAAAACCUCCCAACUCUUACAACAUUUAAGUGUUUUUCAAGACAUGCAUCUAAGCAGGGUUAACACACUUCUCAAGGGCCUUUUCUAAAAGCUUGCUUUAUAUUGUCUAAUCCGGUAGACGUAAUGUGUAUCUAUUAAUCUGUUAGUCUAGGUAUAUAAAAUGUGUUAUAUGUCAUCAUAAAUUAAGCAUCAACCUUACUAAAAGUGUCACUGUUUGUGUCUUACUUUAGAAAAUACUCCAAGCAGUAAUACAGACCAAAGGAAAUAAAUAGUAAAACAAUUCCAUUAUUUUUACAGUAUAUUUCAAGUUGGUAGUAAAAAAACAACACACAUCAACAAGUCAAGUUUCUCAUCUAUUAGUGACACAUACCUUCAGCACAGCACAUUACCACUUCUAAAUGUUGGUGUAUAUCAGGCCAUGUUUGAGGCCUGUCUACAUCCUUGUGCUCAUGAUGAUAGAGGACACCAUACUGUACAAACAACACGGUGACCCGCCUGUCAAUCAUGCUUUACAUCAUUACCCAUCGUCAAAUACCUCACAGGGGAUUUUUUAAGAGGAAUUAAAUCGGCUUAGUGCAAAAAACAAUACCCAAGUUUCAAAUGGAGAAAGUGAAAGAACUGAUCUUCAGUCCUUAAUGUGAUCAUAGGAAUAAGAUAAUGGACAGUAAUAGGUUGAUGUUUAUACAUAAUAAGGCGUCUACCGUGAAAUAUCUUUGUUUUUUUCACUAUGAAAUAAGCAAACUGCAAGGUUUUUUGCUGUCCGAGAAGCUGGUGCACAGGAGACUGAAUGCAGACUGAGGUCUCGGUCCUGCGUCCUGCUUACGGUCCGUUUGAAGCAGCUGAAGGCUGUGGUAAAGGUCAGGGAAGAUGUGGUCUACAUGGCAUGAGUGUUCUGUUUGUCAUCUUUUUUUAAAAUGACAAACACCUCCAGCUUAGUUCAGUCCCUGUGUGCAGGCCUGGGGGGAGGAGAGGGAGGAGGGGACAGAGUGACGUAAUCAUCUUAAUAAGAAGUAUACUGUUCGUGGUGGAGCAACAGCUGCUUUGGGGAGUGCGCACACCGCUGGACACACACAGCAACCUGCGGCGCAAGAUACACCUGGUCCACCUGGUCCACCUGAUCCAUCUGGUCCAUCUGAUCCAUCUGGUCCAUGAGGUCAGGAGGAGUCCGAGGGGCAGAGCAGACACGAUGGGGUCCGACUGAGACCUGCGACACAGAGCUGCGCGUAACGAGGCCAGCCUGAGAGAGUUCUCUGCGUCCGGCGGCGCGGAGCGGCACAAUGGGAAUGGCGAGUGAGGAUCUGCUCGUGACACUCCAGAUACUCCCUGGUUUCUUUUCAAACUGUCUUUUCCUCGCCCUGUACGACUCGGUGGUGCUCGUGAAGCGCGUUGUGUCGCUGCUCAGCUGCUCCAGGUCGGCCGGUUCCGGAGAGUGGCGCCGCAUGCUGACCUCCGCCGGGCUGCGCUCCAUCUGGAACGGCUUCCUCCUCGACGCCUAUAAGCAGGUGAAACUUGGCCUCGAGGCACCCAACUCCAAAGUGGUAAAGGUCCCUGACAGCCUUCGAUGGAGCAGCAAUCUCAGCAAUAUGACUAAUAUGCCAACUGGUGCCAUCAUUGCAAAUGAAGCGGAGUGCCACCUUCUGGAUUUUGAGUCAUCAGACCGCCCUCUUGUGGUCAACUUUGGCUCAGCCACUUGACCCCCCUUCAUCAGCCAUCUGCCAGCUUUCCGGCAGUUGGUGGAGGAUUUCAGUGAUGUAGCUGAUUUCCUGUUAGUGUACAUUGAUGAGGCUCACCCUUCUGAUGGCUGGGUGGCCCCUCCUAUAGGCUCUUGCUCCUUCGAUGUCCCAAAACAUCAGAACCUGGAAGAGAGGUUGGGAGCGGCACGCAAGCUCAUUGAGCACUUUUCCCUGCCCCCACAGUGUCAGCUGGUGGCAGACUGCAUGGACAACAAUGCUAAUGUGGCUUAUGGUGUUUCCAAUGAACGGGUGUGCAUAGUAAAACAAAGUAAGGUUGCCUACCUGGGCGGUAAGGGGCCUUUUUUUUACAAUCUGAAGGAUGUGCAGCAGUGGCUGGAGCAGAGCUACGGUAAACGGUUAUCAAGGACAAGUACAGAGAAAGACCUGUCCCACAUUUGAAUAAGGAAAUUAGAGAUCAUUUAGUUUUGUGCGAACACAAAGGUCAUGAUCAAAAGGUGUAUCAUGGUGACAUCAUUUGCCAAAAAGCUGUACUGAAUUGUUCCAGAAUUCAGGAGCAACUUCUUUACCUUUUGAAAUCAGGCCAAUUUCUCACACACCAGUCCACUCAAACUGGGAUUAUCAUAUGUAAAGACACACAUUAACUCAGUCCAUUGGAAGUCUUUACAUGGUCACGAAAUGCGAUCUAUUGAUGUCGUUUUUUUCCCCCGUCACUCAGGACGAAAAUAUUGUCAAUGGAAAGUCAUAUGUUGUGUUGGACACACAAAUCAAACGCAUCCACAUGACUAAGCAACGGUCAGAGUAAGUGACUUAGUAUCCAGUAUCGCAAAAGACAACAUAUGGCGGGCUGGUGUGGAGGUGGAUGUGUCCAACAAACACAGGACUUUCAAUCAAGAGACCGGUGUAUAAUACCACAUGUUCCAAGUGUUGUUGUGGGUUUGUUACUAAAACCUUAAUGUACGUUGUUAUUUUAAGCCCAACCAUGAUGUUUCUCCUAAACUUAAGGAAGUGGUUUUGUUGCCUAAACCUAACUUUUGUUUUGUUAGAAUGUUGUCCUGAAAAAAAGUUUCGAGCAACACAAUUUUUUUUUCAGUUUUUGUCCCUCUACUCCAAACCAAUCGGUUUGGAGUAGAGGGCAGUGCGUGAAAUAGGCAUUGUGUGACUAUUUCACGCACUGUUGUGACAUUGAUUGGAUUCCUCUGUAUGUAUGCCCACUUCUGCUGCUAAAAUCAUGUCUUAAGGGAAUUUUAUUGAAAAAUGAUAAAGUUCACAGUUUUAAAAUGUUUUAUAAAAUAAUACAUCUAAAGCUAUGCUUUUAUUGUUUUGUGGAGAUUUUGAUAUUUUUUUUUCACUGUGGUCAUGUUUUUAUGCAAUAUGUCAAGAAAUUAAUUUUAUGUGUAAUGUUUAUCUACCCUCCUUUCUCUUUGGAUAAAUGUUCUUUCAUACAGUACAUACUGACCAUUGUUCUCCAUUUGACAGCUCAAUUUUAUUUUCCUUUAUAGUGUAUUUAACCCCUUGGAAGUAUUUGUGUUUACACUAUUGAGUCAAUGUCGAUUUAAUGUGGCUUUUAACACAACAGACAAAAAGAAAUCAUUUAAUAUAGAAUUCAAACAGUUUCACUGCGAUCUAGAUAGCAAUCAUUCAUCCUCUACUCGGAGGAGCCUGCUGCAGAGAACCCAACCCUCCAGCAUGGCGCUGCCCCCAACAUGCUUCAUGCUGGAAAUGGAUUUUUUUAUAAUGUAGUGCAGCGCUUGGCUUACUACCGACAUGGUGUUUCAUUUGGAGAAAAAGCAAAGUUUUGCUCUCAUCAACCAUAGGACCUGAGUCUCCCACUGUAGCCCAGAUGUCAUGUGAGCAGCUUUCUCUUUGCCACUCUCCUAUAAAGCUGCAGGGUCAGCCCCCCCUCCCGAAGCUUUCCAUGGUUCUGACAGUUUGUUUUAUUAACAGAUGUUUCAAUUGCCUCCUGAUCUGGCCACCUUCCUUGGAGGUGGCCUAUAUAGAUGUAUUUCAGCUAUAUACGCCUUUAAGGCAUAUAUUGUUUCUCCUUGUAUGUAGGCUAUGCUGCACAUCUUUUUUUUCUCUCCAUUUGCUGGCUUCACCUUUUUGUUGAGAUGUUUGGAGUGUUCCUUUGUCUUUAUGGUGUAGCCAUGAUACUUACAGCGUCAAAAAGCCACAUUGAAACUACUCUGAUGUACUUUUGCCCUGGGUCUUGCCCUGCCUUGCUGUUUUGGGCAGCCUUAAAGAAAUACCUGUAGACACUACUCAGGGCUAAAAAAAAAAAGCCCCAUUCCAUAUACCCAUGAGCAGGGAAGAUGGUUGGCAUUCACAACACAUCAAUAGUGCAUAAAUAAUGUCAUCAGAAUCCCAGUUGUAUUAGUUUAACACACAGUAGGAGAGUUUGAAGCUGGUUUUAUAUCCCUAAGAUGACAAUGGCAAUGCCAUCAAUGCCACUGCCAGACAGCAAUACAUUCAUUACGUUGAUUCACUAGUCUCACAACAGGAGAGUUUCUACAGGGCAGAGACCUGGUCUGAGAGUCACUUGAGAAUAAUUAGACCUGAUCCAAAUGUUGGUUGACAGGCCUAGAGAGAGAAUACCAGACCUCUGCUUGUCAUGUUUUCAAAUAAAUUCAAAUUGGAUUAUAUUCAAAUUCAAAUGCAUUUCAUGCCAAUAAACUAAACAUUACAACUCAAGUUUAAAUCUUAGGCUUUUAAUGACAUUAAACCAUUAAAUAUCUUUAAAUAUUGAAAUGUUCUUAACAUGUCAGAAAAUGUUGAGAGUCAGUAGGUCUGUGUGGUUGAGAUGGGUUUCAUCAUUAUCAUGCUGAAAUGACAGCAUUAAAACGCCACAGAAAACGCAGAUGGUUUGUUCUUGUUUCAGUGACAAAGGUGUUCUAAUGAAAAUCUUUGAUGAAAGAGUCCCUGACUCAGUCUCUGGUUUGAUAGUGAACUGCACCUGGUCAACAGAACACAGAACUAUUGUAUCUGCUUUAAUUGUCGAUCUACUAAAUGACUUAUGUCUCAGUAACUUAUAUAGGCAACUGUGCUUUACUUGUCAUUUACUGUGCUUUUUCAUUACUGCUUAGGGCAAUGUUUAUUUUUCUAACAUGUCAAAGAAGGGAAAUAAAAGAGAAUGAUUGCUCUUGA